AUGCCGGCGUCAACAACAUUUUUGUUGAACUAUGUACAGAAUUAUAUUUUCUGCUGCAUAUUUCCGGAUAAGACUUACAACCCGGUCGUGUUUGAGGAGGACCACAUUCGUUAUCAUGUGUUCUUUGGAGCAUUCCACGUGAAAAAUGUACUCCCGAAACUUCUCGUACUCAAAACUUUACUGUUGUUUGUUUUUCUUAUCUACGAGCUUGCCAAUUCCGAUGAUGGUCUUUUACGAUUGUGCGGACUGUUCAGUUUCUCGAUUGCUGUGACAGCUAAUAUUAUCCUAGUCGUUGGUAUUCACUAUAAGAGCUACGUACUCGUCAUACCAUAUUUUUUCGUCUAUGUACUGUUCGUCUUCUCAAUAAUACUGUUGCUGUUUGUCAAUUUUCUGGACACAGCCAACUCAAAGGACACUUUAACCGCAAAAUCAUUGCUGUACAAUUUCCCGCUGAUUAUUGUUCUUACCUUUGAAGUUUAUUUAAUUUUAUUGGUUUGGCGCUUAUUUGUCUAUAUUUGUGAUUUCCGCAUGGAUGCAGAGGUUAAGGCCAAAGAAAGGUCACGAAAAAACGAGCAAAAACUCAAACGUUUCGAUCGCAGGGACUGUGUGCCAAUCGUAGUUCACGUUCCCAGUGACUCUGUUAUGCAAAGAUAA